GGAAAAGGAGGAAGGAAGGCAGGGAGGGCCUCGACGCGGAUGCCGACCCGAAAAGGAACCGGGGCCUAAACGGGAGGAAGGACGGAAGGGGAAGGAGCCGCCUGAGGGGAAAGGCCGGCCGUUUGGCCUCCGAGUCUCGCGCCCUGCUCGCUCGCUGAUUGGUUGGUUUGGGGCCGGGCCGUUGGCGGCUGCCUCAGCGCGGAGAGGAGGACGGAUGGCGGCAACAUCCGGGGCCUCCGGAGUGGCGGCUGCAGCGGCGGCCGUUGGACCUGGGCCAGGCCCUGGCGCGGCCCCGGCGCUCUACGCGUGCACCAAAUGCAACCAGCGCUACCCGUUCGAGGAGCUCUCCCAGGGACAGCAGCUCUGCAAGGAAUGUCGCAUCGCCCAUCCCAUUGUAAAAUGUACCUAUUGUCGCUCAGAGUUUCAACAAGAGAGCAAAACUAACACAAUAUGUAAGAAGUGUGCCCAAAAUGUGAAACAGUUUGGAACGCCAAAACCUUGUCAGUACUGCAACAUCAUUGCAGCUUUUAUUGGCACAAAAUGUCAGCGUUGCACAAACUCUGAAAAGAAAUAUGGACCACCUCAGACAUGUGAACAGUGCAAGCAGCAAUGUGCUUUUGAUCGCAAAGAAGAGGGAAGAAGAAAGGUUGAUGGGAAGCUGUUGUGUUGGCUCUGCACUCUGUCCUACAAGCGAGUCCUGCAGAAGACCAAGGAACAGAGGAAGAGCUUAGGGUCGGCGCAUUCUAACUCUUCCUCCACAUCUAUCUCCGAAAAAGACCAGCAUCAUUUGAAACAUCACCACCGCCAUCACCACCAUCACCAUCAUCAUCGUCACAGCAGCAGCCAUCACAAAAUCAGCAGUCUGAGUCCAGAACAGGAUCAGGGAUUGUGGAAACAGAGCCAUAAAUCCUCCGCAGCUAUUCAGAAUGAAACUCCAAAGAAAAAACCCAAAAUGGAAUCCAAGCCAUCUAAUGGAGAUAGUAGUUCCAUAAAUCAGUCUGCAGACAGCGGAGGCACUGACAACUUCGUCCUCAUCAGUCAAUUGAAAGAAGAAGUUAUGUCACUUAAACGGCUCUUGCAACAAAGGGAUCAAACUAUUUUGGAGAAAGAUAAAAAGUUGACAGAGCUGAAAGCAGAUUUCCAGUACCAGGAGUCAAACCUAAGGACAAAGAUGAACAGUAUGGAGAGAGCUCACAAGGAAACUGUAGAACAGCUUCAGGCAAAAAACCGAGAGUUACUCAAGCAAGUCGCAGCAUUAUCAAAGGGCAAGAAGUUUGACAAGAGCGGGAGUAUGCUGACAUCUCCGUGAAGAGCAAGCUGCUCACAGAGGUGUGAAUAUUCAAAAGGGAGCGUUUUGCCAAUAACUGGCAUUCAGGAAGAGCGAGUGCUCUUUUUAAAAAACCACAUCAUGCAAUAAGAAGCGAGACUGGCGGCACCUUGAGGGAGCCAGUCCAUCGAGCAACGCUGCUACACACGCUUACUCAGUGAAACUUGGUUUAUAUGGAGUGCCUGGACAAAAACAGGAUUGGCCUGGGCUCUGGGCAGAUUGGCAUCAGGAAACACUACCAUCCGUAUCAAUACUACAGCAGCAGUCUGUUUGAGAAGAGAAUCAGCAGCAGACAUACAGCAAGUCCGCUGUAUGUGUGGGUCAAAACAAAGAGUAUGCUGAAGAUUUUAAAAAAUCACGGUGCUUUUAUUACGAGUCAUUUAAACCUUAUAAAUAUAUAUAUGUAAAUGAAUUUUAACAGUUUUAUGCUUAGUGAUUAGUGUUUUGCAUUUCUUGUGAUAGAAAUUUAAAAGAGAGAUUCUUUAUUGUAAGUACCUGAACAAAACGUGGAGUUUGGUUUUUGUUUUGUUUUUUGAAAUUUACUGUAGACUUUUUCCUCUUGCCAAGUGCCUUUUAUCCCAAUUGUUUAUUUAUAGGAAUGCUGGUAUUUUGUAUAUAAGUUUUUUGGGGGGAUUUUUUUUUUUAAAUCAUGGUUACUUUUUUUGUGUAUAUAUAAAUGUAUAUGUGCGUGUACAGAAGAAUUGACUGCUACGAUCAAAGUUGUUAGAAUGCUAGCUAAGGCGCUAAGAGCUGGUAAGCAGCUAAAAUAUUGGUUGUAGAUGACUGUAACAGAUGUGUCUGUAGAGCUUCUUAACUUUUGUUGUGCCUAAUUUAAUUUUUUGGCAACCCUAAACCACAGGGCUUUUAAAAGAAUAUUUCUCUUUUGUCUCACUGCUAAUUUGCAUUGUUGUCUCCAUGUUGUCCUCAAUUGGAUGAUGCAAAUUUCUUUAAAUAGCAUCUUACCAUAGCUUAAUGCGUCUUUAAAAACUGGUUAGAGAAACAUGCCUUUUUUAGUAGUAGACAAUAACCUCUCCUCCCCCCCCCCCCCCAAAGAAAAAGAAUUUCUUUACAGUGCUGUGUGCACUAAUAACCUGGGAGCUACAAAAUGCCCCAUGGACACUGCCCACUGAGGGGGGUGGGAAACCUUCACCUCAAGAGGACUGUAUAGCCCUUGCUAGUCCAACAGGCUCAUUGGAUAGUCACUCAGUGCAGCCAGAAGCACAGUGUUCAGUUCCACACUGAAAGAGCCACGUAGACACGUCCUAAAACAGUGUCUUCCAGACUGCAUUUCAAGGGACUUUAGGAUUCCAUGGGAGCUUAUCAGUAAUGGUGAGAGGCCUACGCGUAAGAUGCCUUGCCCUCCAGCCCUGCCAAUCUGCAUUUGUAAUGUGCUGUUGUAGGAGGAGAGGGUCAGUUAAGUUCUAGUUAGCUUGCAUGCACUAGAGCAAUAGCGAUACCUUUGGUGGUCAAACCAGCUCUACAUGAACAGAGGCACUUCAGAAGUGUCCCGUAACCAAUUAUACAGGACUCAGGAGUUUUUCAGCCAAUAGAUGGAUUUUCCUCAGUAGACACCUGUGGGGGUAAGAUUCCCUGUUGGUAGAAAUUUUGAGAGUGGCUUUUUGAAGAGAAAUAGUGCUGUCAGAGUAAUCUUAUCUGUUAAAAGUUCUAACCAGUGCUUUGUGAUCUUAAUACCAGUGACUGAGAAAAGGUCAAAAGCUUGUUCCAGAAAAGCAUGCUCUCACCAGCUUUAAAACAAGCUGUUUUUCCAUGAAAUGAAAAGCCUGUUUGAUACAAGGGUGCUCAAGUUACUAUUCCAGGAAAUUCUUGCACUUCAGCUAGCAUUAUGCUUUGGCUUGGGGGCCCACAGCUACCUAAAGAUUGGGAAAAUUUGUUCCCAAUAGACUACUAAAUAAUUGUAAUCUGAAAGGGGAGAAAAAGCUGCUUUCUACAAUAAUGAGAUUUUUUAAUUUUUUUAUACUAAAGUGAACUUUGUAAGUUUAUAAAUACUAUGUCCUGAUCUUACACAAUUAACACAGCUACAGUUAACGCAGCUGCUGCUGUUCUAUUGGAUUGUUCAGUCACUGAAGAUUUUUUUUUUAAUUACAGACUUUCAUUUCAUAGAAUUUUGAUAUCUUUUUCCAGUUGACCAGCAACAUAUCAUUGAUAUGUUCAGGUUUUUAAACAAAAGGUCAAAACUCUUAGCAUGAAAUUUAUACUUUGAAAUCAGAGAAUUCCCAUUGAAACUUGCUAUGCUGCAGUAGGAAUGUUGUCGAGAAAGAUUCACAAUUUGGUUUCUAAGUACUGGAGUUUUGCCAAGCCCAAUAGAAGAGCAUUUAGGGACUUCACACUCAAUUAGUAAAGUAUCAUUUUUGGUUUUUAAAUUUCAUAACCUCUUUUUAAUGUGGGAAAUUUUUAAAGGGUAGACACUAGCAUAUGAAAUUCUGGAGUUGUAGAGUAUUUUCAUGAUGAACCUGAUUUUUACAUAAGCUUUCCAGGUGAUGCGUUGUACUAUAAUGUGCAUUUUGGUCAGUUUUUCCACUGUUUGAUUAGCAUCGAACAACAAGGCUCACUUGGCUUGAGUUAUUUAUUUUUAACCCUGUGAAUAUUGCAGUCCAUUUUUAGUAAUGUCUGUGUCCAUUUUGAGGUGGAGAUGUUAAGCUUGCUACACAUGUAUAUACUAUUGAAAUUCUGUACUGGAACACAUUUGACGGUCAACAUUUUUGUACUUUUUCUAAAUCCAGUAUUUCACAAUAAAAGCUUGUUAAAACAU